CCAUCCUGGUGUGCGUGGCUGACUGUUCCUUGCCAUGACUUCUCACAAAACUUUCCGAAUCAAGCGAUUCCUGGCCAAGAAACAAAAGCGGAAUCAUCCCAUUCCCCGGAGGAUUCAGAUGAAAAGUGGUAAUGCAAUCAGGUGCAACCCCAGGAGGAGACACUGGAGAAGAGCCAAGCUGGGUCUCUAA